UAUGGUCUCAGACAUAUAGGAAACCCGCUGUCGCCACUUCAUGGGCUACUCUUUACACAUUAAAGGGUCUUUUAUUUGCACCAUCCCUCAGACAGGGUUGUACAUGCCACGACCGUUCAUAUACCAGUCGUGGUGCACUGGCUGCAAAGAGAAAUAGCCCAACGGGUCCACCGACAGGGGUCGAUCCCACACCGACUGCGCAUCGUGUGUGUGUGUGUGUGUGCACGUGUGUGUCGGUAGGUGUGUGUGUGUAUGUGUGCACGCGCGCGCACGUGUAUGUGUGUGCAUGUGUGUAUCUGUGUGUAAAUAUGCGUGCAUAUGUUUGUGUAUUUGGUGAACUUUACACUGUGAGAAAACUCGUAAUUAUAAUACUAAAACUGUCAUGUUGUGUUUUUCUGUUUUUCACCCAGCUCUGGCAGUCUGUCCACUGUACUGGACGCCGUUUGAAGAUUCAUGUUACGUCAUACUACAAGACAAACAGUCGUGGGCGUCUUCGAUGGCUAUGUGCCAAGCUUACGGGGCGUAUUUGGUGGAGAUAUCUUCUGAUGAGGAGAACGAAUUCGUGAGAGGGAUGAUCCGCGAAACUCACUCGCCAAUUUGGGGUCACUGGCUGGGAGCAACCGACGAGUACAGCGAAAGCCACUGGUUGUGGAGUCACAGCGGAAGAGCGUUAUACUACAGUAACUGGGAGGAAGAUCAGCCUGACAACUACCAGACGAGCCAGCACUGCGCCGUUAUGCACAACAACGGACGGUGGGAUGACGGGGAGUGCGACUUGACUCUUAAAGGCAUCUGUGAAAGAGACGGAAAAUCAAAUACCGCCGUUGGCAAAUAGACGGAAAUUAUCUUGUUUAAUUGUUUAUGUAAUCGCGUAUACAUUCAUUUUUUGGUCAAUAAUUAAUAUAGUUUAAACGAAGAA